GCCCGUCGCCACCGCCCGCCCUGCUCUGCCCGCACGCAAAAUGGCAGCCAGGGGCUGAGGCGGGCCCGGGCUGCGAGUGACACAGCACUCGGCUAAUGGCGGGCGGGGGGGGGCGCGGCGGUAGCGGAACGUCCGGGUCGUGCUUCCUUCUGCUGCUUCUUCUUCCUGCGAGGGCGCGUUUGAACGUGCCGGGGGCGGGUGAGUUUUCGCCUCCCCGGGAAGGCUCCUGGGCAGCGCCUUCCUCGCUCCCUCGCAAAGGGGAGAGAAGCCUCAGGUGCGCCGUACCCGCGGUCUCUGGCCCGAGGGAGCCGCUGCCCCUCAGCCGCCCACGCUUCAAGGUCGCUGGGACGCGAGGAAGAAGGAGGAGGGGAUUGUGAGGGCUCCACAUCGUCAUGCUGGGGUGGUAGAUGCCAGUUUGCAAUGGGUCUUAAAACCAUCUGGAAGGACUACAAAGUUCUGAUUGUUAUGGGAACUGGCCUUGGGCUGGUACACUGGGGCUGGUUUUACAUCAAGUCCAGUCCUAUUUUCCAAAUGAAGACAGAGGACUAUGUUCCAGAACCUGGGAUUGUGACAUACAUGAUGCAAAGCGAUCAAAAAAAUAAAGAAAAAUAACAUUAGUACUGUGUAUUGUAGGUGUAACUAACACUGAAGCUUUUCAUCUGUGACUGUUGCCAGAAAAGAUGAAGAAAACUACCUGGAACAGAAAGAACCUGCUGCUUGUAGUAGGACUGUCAGUUAUAGGUGUCCAUUUAGGAAGCAUGCUUGUAAACUUUGUUGCAAAAAAAUCUGCACAGUCACAUUCAGAAGUUAAAAGAGAUCGUCAUGAGUGAAAAUAGCUUCCUGCUGUCAUUGUGCAUCAAUGUUGCAACAUGAUUUAAGCCUCAUUUUAAGAAAGACAUGAUGAGCAGUCACAGGAACGUUAUUGUACUGUAUGUACUGUUUCACACUGAAAAUGAUAAUCCUUAUUAAAAUGUACUACUUUUAGAUUUUAAAAGUGCUAUGAAUUAUAGAUCCAAGUGCAAAUGAAUUGUUUUGUUGGCCAGAAUUAAAAUCUUACUUUGAAAAUGUCUCGUCUCGAAGCUAAAAAGCCUCCGUUAUUUAUUAGCGAACCUUUAGCUAAAGACAGGGUGUGUCAGUCGCUGCUUCUGCUUAGCAGAAUACUUAAAUCUUCCUAUGGUCCUGCUGGUAGACUCAAACAGCUCCACAACGGUGUGGGAGGCUGUGUUUGUACAACUUCCCAAUCCUCAGCUCUCCUGAGGCACCUUUCCGUCAGCGAUCCCGUGCUCCGUGUUGUGACAGCCUCUGUGCAGAACCACGUCUCGCACUUCAGCGACUGUGGCUUAUUUACUGCCAUCCUUUGCUGUAGCUUGAUUGAAAGCUUUAGAAGCCUGAAUGUUGCGUCUUGCACUGUCAUUAAAAUAACCAGGCACCUCCUGAGUUUGUGCAUGGACUACCUGAAAUCCAAGGCUUGUGGUUGCCGAGUGUCCGUGGAUUUUAGCAGCGUUGAGACCCUGGUUUGUUUGGUACGUAGCGUUUUAACAAGCAAACCUGCUUGCAUGCUUAAUAAAACAGAAGUUGAGCAUCUCGCCACGCUGGUUUUAAAGGCUUUUUUAUUUACUGUUCCAUGUCACGUUGAGACUAAUGCUGUUUUAGGAAAGUGUGUGAUAGUACCUGUGAAAGGAAGAAGAGUUAUGGAUUCUACAGUUCUUCCCGGACUACUGAUAGAAACACCAGAAAUUCAGCUGGGAAAACCACUUGCUGUCAAAAGAACUGGUUCAAACAUGAUCAAGAUUGCACUUUUCUGUGUGUCCAUGUCAGGAGACAGCUUCAGCCCCGAGGAAGGAACUAUAGCAGUCUGUCAUGGAAUUUCUCUAGAAAUGUCAGAGCUGAAUCAGUUGCUGAAUGUAGGGAAGCAGCUGGUUAACGAUGGGGUCGGCCUUGUGGUGUGCCAGAAAGUGAUCCAUCCAUCCUUGAAACAGUACCUGAAGGAGAACCUUGUCAUGGCUGUGGACAGAGCUGGGCUGUCUCUGCUGGAGCCCCUGAGUCGGAUGACAGGUUCAAAGCCUAUAGCUUCCAUACACUCGUUGUCUCCUGGUUGUUAUGGCAGUUUGAAAGAUGUCAGCAUUGAGAGGGUUGCUUCCAAACAUUUUGUGCAUCUAAUUCCUGAGGACACAGUUAUCUGCAGCUUGAUACUCUGUAACAGAAGUGAAACAGCAUGGGAUGAGUUGAAGCGUGUCUGUGAAACUGCAGAACAUGUGUUACAGUUGACAAUGAAGGAACCUUUAGCAUUGUUAGGAGGGGGCUGUACAGAAACUCACCUGGCUUCAUACAUAAGAUACAAGAGUUCUAAUCUGUCCACCAGCACUUUUCAAGACCUGGGUUGUUCUCAGACACAAUAUCAGUUGGUUGCUGAUGGGUUUUGCCGUUCCCUGGAGUCUGUAGCUCGCUCUCUGAAUCGUGAUGGUGGAGAAAUUCUUACAGACGUGGUUUAUGGACACUGUUGGUUUGUUCCAUCAGGUUUUCCCUCUGUCUCAAACUGGUCAGAUGUAGCUUCAAAGUGUGGCUGUGGGAUUAAUGGUAACACAGAGGACCUCAGCUGGAGGAUUUUGGAAGGCCAGUCUUGCUCUCCUGUUAUACAGGGCUGCCCUAAAGAGCCCUCAGUAAAAGUUACUGACUUUCUGACAUUGGACUGUUUUGCUGCAAAAUGUAGUGGCCUGCAAGUAGCUCUGGAGACAACCAACCUGGUCCUGGAUCUCUCAUACGUAAUUGAAGAUCAAAAUUAGCUCUGAUUUUAUGAGAAUUGUGUUGCACAGCAAGAUACUAAAUUGAAAGCAGGGUGAUAUUUAACGUGUUAAGAUACUUCAUUUGGUUAGAAAUGCACAACAGAAAUUUUAAAUUGAACAGUUGGCCAGUAAUACUCUUCUUGUUGUUAUUCUGCUGUGCUCUCAAGCAUUUUCAGGUGUUUCACGUGUUCCCUCUGCAUGAAGGAAAGUUUUGGAUGUGUGUUAGCUCUGUGGCAUCUUCAAAGGAAUGGGAAACAUGGAUACCCUUGCUGAGUAAACAUGUUAUGGAUUAGAAUUUAUGUAGUCUCUGCAAAAGCUUUACACAUUCAAAAAGACUUUUGUAACGUAGCAGAACCUUAUCACUGGUAUUUUUAAUUUUGCAGGUAAAAAAAAGGCUUUCCCGAGCAGGCAUCUUGAGCCACUUGCUUUUAAAUUUUGUUCUGAAGUUCUUGUCACCGUAUACUAUGUGCAGUUUCUGUUUCUAAAUGGCUGGAAGAUUUUAAUUCAUGUUUGUAAUUUAUUUAGCAAAUUAUAAAAGCUCAUCCUAGAGCUUUUAAGGUAGGUAAUAGAAGAUUUGAAAAGAAAUGGCAGACUGGGUGGAAAAACACUUCUGUGAUUUGGACCUUGAUUGUCUUCUGUGGAACACAGGACAGUCUGUGGUGAAGUUUCUGUCAUUUAAGCAAAGCUGCAAGAAAGAAUAUCCCACUUUACCAUUCAGUUAACUCUUUGACUGUGCAUGGCUUCUUUUAAUGAAGUAAGGCUUUAAGCUGCUCAGGCUUGUUUUGAUCUUUAAAUAAGACUGUAGACUGAAGGAUCAGAACUUUUUCUCAUUCUCAGCUUGCAUGCAAGAUCAAAAAGGGUGUUACAGUUUCUUGCUUAAACUCAUUUUCUUUGCCACUCUUCUUCUCCCCCUUUGUUUUCAGUCACAAGGGACAAAUUGUUCAUGGUGUGCUUCUCCAGAAAACAUCCAAUUCAAUUGUAGUCUAGUCUGCUUAUUUGUUUCCUGGUCUCUUAAGUUUUUAAUAUAUUUACUGAGUCUAAGCAGUAGAAUUGUUUUGUAUAACUCAGUUUUGAAAUAUGUAAUUAAACCCAGAUCUUUCCAGACCUUUUGUGCAAAGUCCUUUUAAUUUUAAGAGCGUAAAUAAUCAUUUUCUCACUGGGAAAAAAAUUGGAAAGUUAUUUAAAGUUCUUUAUCUUUUUAUGACACAAAAUGAUUGUUUCAGUGCUAUAGGCAUCCUUUGGGAACUUGGGGAAGAAUGUUACAAGGGUUGAGAAUGGAGGCUGUUCAAAGCUGAUUAAUAAAAAGGCUGCUUUCAUAUCUUGAUCCUCCCAUAUACCAUGAACCAUAUGAAAACAUCAGGAAUAAUGAAGCCAAAUGAUGGUGUAUAUCUUCAGGCACAGAAGAAUCUUGGUAAUACUUCAUCUAAUUAUGAGUCUCUAACUCAGAGUGCUGAAUUAGAGUAUUUUACUUUCUAUAAUAGCAGCUUGUUAUGCAUGGAAAAAUGUUGAGUUUAGUGACUACUGCUGUGAAAUGAAAAUUAAAACAGUAUUUGAGUAGAAGUA